CAGGGGGAGCCCUUCUUGCCGGGUGCUGUCCCGCAGCAGCUUCUCGGUUCCCUGAGCCCGGUGUAAGACCCCGGGUGUGAGCCUGGGGCUGAGGGCGCCCCUGUGGGACCGGCAGAGGGGGCACAGCCUGCCCGCUCCCGAGGCCCCACGCCUCGCCUCGCCCGGAACGAGUGUCGGCAUCCGCGUUCUCGGCCGGAGGGAGCCGCAGUCGCACCAUGGCGGCGGCCUCACGAGUAUUCUGCUUCCGCGACGUGCGCUGGGCCCCCGACCCGGUGCUGGAACCAGGCGCGGCGGUGCGGACGCCGCAGCCGGUGCCGCUGGUGAUCGACAACGGCUCCUUCCAGACGCGGGCAGGCUGGGCCUGCCCCGACCCCGCCGUCCCCGCCGAGCCGCUGCUGCGGUUCCGCUCGCUAGCGGCGCGCAACCGUGGGGCCCGCAGCGGGACCGGCGCCGAGACGCAGGUGGGCAACGAUCUGGGGAGCCCCGAGCCCCUGCGCUGGCUGCUCCGCUCGCCCUUCGACCGCAACGUGCCCGUGCAGCUGGAGCUGCAGGAGCUGCUCCUCGACCACGUCUUCCAGCGCCUCGGCGUCAGCUCGCAGGGUUGUGUUGAUCAUCCAAUCGUUUUGACAGAGGCAGUAUGCAAUCCUCUCUAUUCAAGGCAAAUGAUGUCAGAGCUGCUCUUCGAAUGUUACCAAGUGCCGAAAGUGUCCUAUGGCAUAGAUAGCUUGUACAGUUUUUACCACAACAGAAGUCAGAACUGGCCCUGCAGUGGUUUGGUGAUAUCUUCAGGUUAUCAGUGUACCCACAUUUUGCCAGUCUUGGAAGGCAGACUGGAUGCUAAAAACUGCAAACGUAUUAAUCUUGGAGGGUGUCAAGCAGCUGUCUACCUCCAGCGCCUCCUUCAGCUGAAAUACCCAGGGCAUUUUGCUGCCAUCACUCUUAGUCGCAUGGAGGAAAUACUGCAUGAGCAUAGCUAUGUUGCAGAGGACUACAUAGAAGAGCUACGGAAGUGGCAGUCCCCAGAGUACUAUGAGAACAAUAUGCACAAGAUGCAGCUGCCUUUCUCUAACAAACUGCUGGGGAGCACUCUGACAUCAGAGGAAAAGCAGGAGAGGCGGCAGCAGCAAUUGCGUAGACUUCAAGAACUCAAUGCACGUCGUCGAGAAGAGAAGCUACAACUUGACCAAGAGAGGCUGGACAGGUUACUGUACGUACAGGAACUUUUAGAAGAUGGUCAGAUGGAUCAAUUCCACAAAGCUUUGGUGGAGCUGAAUAUGGACUCUGCAGAAGAACUUCAGUCUUACAUCAACAAAUUGAGUCUGUCUGUUGAACAAACCAAGCAGAAAAUCCUACAGGCAGAAGUCAGUAUUGAAGUAGAUGUUGUGGACAGCAAGCCAGAGACUCCUGAUUUGGAUCCGUUAGGCAGUGAGCAGUCACUGGAGGAUGUGGAAAGUGUUAAUGAGUUUGAACCUUUAUUUGCUGAGGAACAGCCUGAAGUUGAGAAGCCUGUUGCUGCAGUGCAGCCCGUGUUUAACCUGGCAGAGUACCACCAGCUUUUCCUUGGCACAGAAAGAAUCAGGGCUCCAGAGAUUGUUUUCCAGCCUUCCCUGAUUGGAGAAGACCAGGCUGGUAUAGCAGAAACCAUGCAAUAUGUCCUUGAGAGGUAUCCAAAGGAACAGCAAUCUAUUCUUGUCCAGAAUGUUUUUCUCACUGGUGGAAAUACAAUGUACCCUGGACUGAAAGCCAGGGUCCAGAAGGAACUCCUUGAGAUGAGACCAUUCCAGUCAUCUUUUCAGGUUCACCUUGCUUCCAAUCCUGUUUUAGAUACCUGGUAUGGAGCUAGGGAUUGGGCAGUGGAAUAUAUGACUUGCGAUGAAGGCUGGAUAACCAGAAAAGACUAUGAAGAAAAAGGGGGAGAAUACCUCAAGGAGCACUGUGCUUCAAAUGUCUAUGUGCCUAUUCGCCUUCCAAAGCAGGCUCCACGGACAACAGAGGCAUUAGCACCUAGCAGAGUGCUAACAUCCAGCACAGGUAAUGCCUGUGAGCAGGCCUAACACCAUGCCUUGGUCACGGACUCUUGUAUACAGAUAGCAGGACUGGAAAAAGAAGUUACUGGUGUGCAGCAUGAGCUGGGCAUGAAGCACAGACCUCAGCUGCUCAGAGAGCCCCAAGCAUCUCAUCCAGUCCCUUCAACAAGGAGGACGAGCCACUGAGGCAUCAGCUGCAUGGUCCUGGCACUUGCAAUGCUCAGCACAGAGCGUAGGAGUACGCACCAGCAAGGAGGAACACCCCAGAAGUGCAUUCCAGAGAGAAACAGCAUCUGAGAAACUUUCACAGCAAGACCCAGGUUGGGGUUUUUUUGAGAGUCUGUUUUACAGCUUUUUUUGUUCGAUUAAAAUGUUCUGGUUUUAUACUGCUUUCAUGGAUGAUACAGAAGCUGUGCCCGUCUCAAGCAGUCAGCCCAGCAGGCGCCCCCCAUGCCUGGCCCAGUGGGUGUUUGUCAGGACAUGUGCUACUGGAGGCUGGUGAGGCUGAGCUAUGCCUUCCUUCUGAGGCCUGCACACCCUUCUGCUUUGAUUUCCUGCCUGCUACACACUUUCUGCUAAGCCACCACUGAAUCAGCACUGAUUUCAGAUACUUUUGACUUAAAUUAAGUCAGUAAUAUUGACGCCUUGAUUGAAGCUGUAGAGCUGGUCACAUGAAGCACUAUCCAGCUGUAAUGACAGGAUGCUCCAUAAAGUGCAGGCCAAGUGCAGUUAGUCAUUAAGUGGUUUUACAGAAGUGAUGGCUAAGCAAGGACGUUCUUGACUGAUGGGACUUUUAGAUCAAAAUUUGCAUUAGCAAUUAAGUAAACUUCUGCUUUACCACUAACUUACAUGUUUCAGUGAUUUGACUUCUUUACAACCCCAGUAAUACAGAUGUAUUUGAUGGGUUGUACCUUGCAGGUUUGUAGCCAGGCCCCAGUCCUGCUGCACAACAUACUGGAGCUGAAAUUUGACUGAGGAUUCAUUUAUUGCACUGAACAACUUACUUGCUUUCCCAGAAGAAUGAGUGCCAAAUGGUGAGCUGAAAUCUGAGCAGACUCUAUCACUUUGGCAAAAGCUGUAAACUGUUAGGCUGGAAAAGGUUAGACCAUGGGGAAAAUAUCCAGACCAUAACUGUAUAAAAAAAGGUGUCCCCAGGGGCUGCAGAGCAUCAACAUAAGCUGUCUCUCAGGAGGUAUAGAGGUCUUAGUGGAUGUCUGCCCUCGUCCUAAUAGACUACUGGGCAGGGGCAGAGGAGGAGAAGGCAGCUUGCUACCUUCAGGUAACCUUAAGUUUGGACUAAUGAUCCUCCAUGGAGGCAUACUAACCUUCAGGACUGUUAUGGUAAUUCUGUGGGUAGUAAAGAAUGUGGAAAAACACGCUGUGCUAAAACACCAGCAUGUCUUUGCUAAUACCAGUGGCCUGGAGUAUGUGAUAUCCCAUUGUUGGUUGACCCCUUUCUGACACAUCUUUAACUAUUGCUGCAAGUGGCUACUUGGGAUACAGAAACCUGGAUUCUUGGUGUUGGUUGCUGAAUAGAUCAGAGGGUGUUGUGCAUAAAACUGUUCCAAAAUGAAGACUUAAAAGGGCAUCUGUUGCAAAUGGUUAUAUUACUUUUAAAUGUUUAGCCAAAUUGAGCCAACCACUUCACUUGCAUUAGCUCAAAGCAGACCUGUAUAAUUCUGUACAGAGAUGCCAGAUCAGCUGCUUAAACAGUUUCAAAGAAGCAUAAUUGUAUAAUCUCCUAAAUAUUAGCUGUUGAUUUGUUACUUUAUCCCCACAAUAGCUGGAGUAACUAAUGAACUUGGACAAUGUAAUCAGUCACAGGCUGUUCUGAAGGAGCUGGUGGUCAUUCAGUUCCUUGGAUUAGCACCAUGAGAAGCGUGAACGUUGUGGGAUUAAUUUUAGCCAUUUAAAUUCAGUUGCCCCAUAGGAUUUGCUACCUGAGCAUUGGUGCUGGAAGGAGAAAAAAGGAAGGAGAAAAAGGAAGGAGAGGGAAGCAGCCCAGUUAAGGUACAUACUUGGCCUCUUUUUAAUGGGACUUCAGGUUGCGUGAGGAGCAGUAGGAGGAGUUGUUACAAAGAUCAUUCUGUGGACAGGAAGCUUAAACUGAUGCUGUGAGGGCCUUUCCCAGGUGAUGGUAGGACUGCUGUUGAGUGAGCUGCUGUGCAGGCAGCUCCAGAGCCUGUGCUGUGUUUAUCGUGGCUGGUGUCCUGCAAGCUGCAAAGUACAGAGGCCAGUUCAGAAAUGGUCAAGUGGUUCCCAUUUGAGCCUCAGGAUAUUAAGUUCAAAGCAACCUGUAACCUUAUUAUACAAUUCACUUAUCACCUAAUUCAGGUCAAAGAAUACAAAGUACAAGUUUUCAGUUUAACAGCCAUGGUGAGCUUGGUCUAUUUAUUCUGAAAGAGAGCUCAAAUUGGGUUCCACCUUUCAGUAUCCCUAAGACCUGCUCUGAGUGGAAACACCGCAUCAGAGAGAAGCCCUGGAGACUAAAUAUGGAUCACGUGUUUAAUGUCCCAGAUUUCCGUUUGAGCUGCAUUUGAGCCUUGCUUUUGGUCUUCAAGGCUUCUUCUGUUUCCUGUGCCACAGCAACUUCAAACAUGAACUGUUCUUUUCUAAAUCUCCACUAGGACACCAAGAUUAGAAUACUUUGCUCUGGUUACUAAUCUCCAAAAUACUUAAUGUGCUGUGUAAGGCAGCAUUCCAGAAGAAAGAGAAGAUGCCCAUGAACUGUCACUUGUAAUUUAAGAUUAUCCCUCCAGAGACAGCCUGCAGUGAUCCUCUAGCAGUCAUAAACCAGAAAUUUUGAAGCUUGUGUGGGAUGAGCAGGGGAGGGGAGAAUGCUGCAACAGAUUUAACAUUAUCCCUAAAGUCAUAUGGUGGGAUUUCUGCUCUUGUUCCAUACGUCAGGCACGAAGCAGCUGUGCUGAUUCCCAUUGCUCACUCCCACUGCUUCAUGCAGACAGCAAGCUGCUCCCUGAGCAUCAGCCUCAACAAAGCUGCUUGGUUUUAACCCCUGACAUGGUUUGCCAGUUCUUAAGGCUCCUUUUGCUCCCUCCUUCAGGAUCUUUCAUUCUGCUUUUUGAGCAGUGGGCUUGGUUUCCAUUUUUUACUGCAGUAUAGACUGUGAUGGGAGCACCACCAGAGUUAGGAGACCUUCUUCCAUUUUUGUGUCUGUUCACUCAUGACAGAUUGUGGCUGUUUGCUCUGACCCCAGUUCUGUGCCUCAGCAUCUGGAACAGCAGAGCUAAUCCAAGAAUGCUACUAGCAGUGUGUGUAGUUACUGUAGAGGACAUUAAGGAUGGUGGGAAGGCUGGAAAGGGGUUUGUGGGUUAGGAGGGGAGGUCAAGUAAAAUGAAGGAGAAUAGACCCAUCUAUGCUUAAUGCACAAUUGGCCAAGUGGAAGAUGUCUGAAGAUGGAAGUGUAUAGGAGGGUCAGAAUCACUCCAUGCAGGUGUGCUUUUCUUCUGGAGCAGUUGCUGUUGACCACUGUCAGAAUAUGAAGCAAGCUGAAUUUAUGGUCUGACUCAGAAGCUUUUACUGUCUGUUAAAAUUCCUGGGUUUAGGCAGGGCUAGUUUUUUAGCUUUCUAUUUUUUUCAGGGCUAAAAUGAAGUAUGAAGCAUCUUCUCUCUUCGUCUGUCUGGAAAUAAAUGUGCUGUGCUGGUGGGGACAGCAUCUUUUAUGUUGCCAGUGAGACUCUGUGAGGGCGUCCAGUUUCCUGCACUCACAGUAGCCAUAGUCAGGCUGUUGUACCAAGCGGAAGCUCGCCCCUGUGGAAGCUCUGUGCACUGCUCUCGCCGGGUCUGGCUCAACAAAUGAGCCUUAAGAAGGUCCCAAACUGCAUUCUUAGGUAUAUCCACAGUGACAUGUCUGUGAGAACCCACCGUGGGCACAGGAGGGCUGUCACAAGCAAGAUGCCAUCUGCCAGCACUGCACUUGAGCUAUUAAUGAGUUUCUUGUCAUAAAUCCUUGCAUAGCUUGUCUAGUACUGAGGAAAGCACCUCUGAUUUCUGGAUGUGGUAGGGCUUUUUGCAUCUUUAAACUGAGUUUUGUCUCCCUUGGGUUAAGCAUGUGCAUUGCCAUGGCUGGUGUAGCUUCUCAGGAAGCAAUACAAGAAGAAAUACAUUUCAAAUCCUGAUCCUUA